AUGGAGCCACAAAACCCAAAAUCAAACCAACAUCAGGUCACAAUUAAUCAGGCAAGGGAACAGCGAAAAAAGCUCCUCAGCCCUGCACACCAGUACCUGAUCGACAUCCUGGCUGACAGGCUGUCCUUGGCGCCAACUGAAGUAGAGGAAUUCAUUUUAGAGUCUUCAUGUUUGGCUGCUGUUGAUAAUUUCUUUGCUAUAGGAGGUUGUAAAACCAUUUCCUUUGUGUAUCAGAAGUCUGAAGUCCCAGAGUGUAGCCGCUCAUGUGCUGGGGCUCCCAAAGGGGAAAAGAUAUCGAGGCUGUUUUUAGCCGAUUUAUCCAAGACGUGCCUUACAGGAAUUUGCUGCUCUUUCGCAAGGUUCAGAGUGGACGUUGCUGUGAAUUCAGAGAAUGUGCAUGAGGAGAUCUUUUUUUCAGUGGUUAAUGCCAGAGACGGCCUCAUGAAAGAAACAGAGAACGCGGACAGCUUUGUGCCAGUAGCUCUUGACGCAGUACACGAUUGGGGCGCCUUAGACAAGUCUAGAGAUGGUGAAAAAAUUCAAAAGAACUUCAAGCACACCAUAAAACAAUGUCUCGGCUCCUUAGAAGACAUCCAGAUGACAAAAGAGAACGUUGUUCAUCUGCAAACAGUCACAGAUGUUGACCUCUCUAAACUGGUCAGCCUUGAAGAUAUGAAAGUUGCGGCUGCCAACUUUGACACAGUGCAACAACUGGAACAAAUUCUAAAGCAAUGGUGCAAGCAAAUCGAGCAGGUCUUGGUAGAGAGAGACAUACUGAGGACAUUGGAUGCUUCUGAAGGGCCACGGAGUGAGUUGGAUUACUGGAGAAAGAUGUCUUCAAGCUUCAACGACAUUAUUAAGCACAUCAAAAGCCCAGAGUUUAAGGCUGUUGAAAUGGUGCUCCAUAUCAGCAACUCCAAAAUGAUGAAGAUGUGGCAGAGUCUGAAUGGCAGGCUAACACAUCAUGCCAACGAGGCAAAGGACAGUGUACAGUUUCUUUCCACACUGGAGAAAGUCUGUCAACCUCUGUACAGCAAUGACCUGGUAUGUAUAGUCCACAAUGUGCAGAAUAUCAUCAGCAGCAUUCAGAUGAUUCACAGUAUUUCACAAUACUACAACACAAAUGAAAAGAUAUCUGUACUGUUCGCCAAGGUCACAAAUCAGAUGGUUAUAGCGUGCAGGUCAUACGUUACUGAUGAUGGCGCAAGUCUCAUAUGGGAUCAAGAUGCUGAAGACCUCAGCAGAAAAAUGACGGACUGUAGCUGCUUAUAUCAGGAGUAUAAGUCUUGCUUCCAGAAAUCAAAAACACAAGCAAUGGAAAGUCCUCAACAGGGCUUCUUUGGGCUUUCGGAGAGUUUGAUUUUUGGCAAGUUAGAGAAGUUCUUGAAGCAGCUUGAUAAGAUUCUACAAGUAGUCACAGUGAUCAAGAUGUUUGGAUCUCUUGAAAAAUGCAACAUUGAGGGCAUUGAGACUCUGGCCAGACAAUUCCACAACGUAUUCAUGGAUAUGAAAAGGAAGCAGCUUGACAUGUUGGCUUCAGGGGCAACUGAGUUUGAAACGGACUUUGUUAAGUUUAUGUCUCAAAUCAGCAACAUUGAGAACCAGCUGCAGGAUUUUAUGAUGUCAUGUCUGUCAAACUUCGUCUCAACUCAGCAAGCGCUUCACCUAAUAGAUUGCUUUCAGAGGCUGAAAAUUCCCUGUCUUGACACAAAGAUGUCCAGCUGUUUGGGUUGUUUUCUUCAACAUUAUGCCUCAGAAAUAGAGUCUGUGAGAAAGCUCUUUAACAGUCAGAAGGAGGACCCGCCAUUAGAUAGAAACAUGCCUCCGGUGGCUGGACGGAUCGGUUGGGUCAGGCACCUCUACAAAAAAAUAGAGGAACCCAUGUUAUGCAUACAAGAAGCCUCCGACAUCCUGUGCAGUUCUGAGGGACAAGAUGUGGUCAGAAUGUACAAUCGAACUGCUGCUCUGUUGGUUGAGUUUGAGUGUGUUCACCAUCAAGUAUGGUUCAAUGAAGUGACACAGAUAGAUCAUGUCUUGAACUGUACACUGUUGGUUCGUCACCCAAGCACAGGAAAGUUAUUUGUCAACUUUGAUCCUAAAAUAACUGAGGUCAUUCAGGAGACGAAGUAUUUGCUGAGGAUGGGUCUGAAGGUUCCAAAUCAAGCUUUACAGUUUGUCAAGAUGGAAAGCAAACUAGCCGCCAAUCAGCUUAGGCUCCAGGAUAUUUUGGCAGAGUAUGAGUCCACCUGUGAGAACAUACCAGCAGUCUUUGCCAGCUUGAUGACUUCAAAAAUAAAACAUGUGGAAUGUGCCCUUCACCAUGGGUCAGUGCUGCUCACCUGGUCAUCCCUCCUACUCGACAAGUUCUUUCAAAAUGCUGAGACUGCUUUGUUUGAACUGACACAACUCGUAAACAAGGUGCAGAAUAUUUGUAAGACACACAUUGAUGAUGUCCUCAAAGACGUCUCAGAGAUGGUGCUGAUUGCGCUUCCAGAAGAUAAUGUGUCUUUCAUGGAGGACCUGAUUGACCUUAAUAAGAAACACUGUAAGGAGGGGGCAAAGACAUUGCAUGACAAAUGCAGUAGGGUUGAAAUAGCAGUCAGGGAGCUGGGUGAUCUGUUCAGCACCGUUUAUGAACCAAAGGGCCCCAAGACUGCUGAGAAUCCUGUGUCAGGAAGCAGGAGUGGGACACUUUCAGGAGAGAGCCAGACAGGUUCUACUAAGGACAAAGCAGUACUUGUAGAAGGCUCAGUUAAAGAAAAAACAAUCAAAUUUGAAAAGGAGAAGAAGAAGCUUUAUGAACACUUCAGUGAAAGGGUUUUAGAUGCACUUGUCAAAACAGUGAAGUUAUCUCUGGAGAGCCUGAAAAGGAGGAUUUGUGCCACUAAGUAAGUAUGUCUUACUUACCAGCAAACGAAACCAAAGUCUGUGAUUAGCCCACUCAUAAAAUCUGAAGCCCAGUUGGACAUACCCAAUUUGGUAAUGAAACCCAGUGUAGAUGAGAUCCAGCAGGCCAUAAAUCAACUCAUCAACUUGGUAUUGGAAACUAGCAAGGGUAUCAAACGGCAGCAGGUGUACAGUCAUGAUGACACAACAAGUACAGAAAAAGACCAUUUCUUUCAGUUUGUUGUCAAACACAAGGUCAUCAAAAACAUUGUGGGCAUUUUGAAAACAGCAGUCAGCUCCCAGAGAAAACAAGUCACUGAUGUUCUAAAGCAGUUUGAGUCUUUCAGGGUGAUCUGGGAUGAGGGCAGAGAUGUCAAAGUCAAGGAAUUCAUGGACAGCAACCCGUCCUUAAUCCAGAUAAAAUCUCAAAUCCAGUACUAUGACUCUUUUGAACAAAAAAUUGAUGAUAUCAAGCCCACCAUUGUAUUGACGUCUAUUGAACUGUCAACAGGUACAUUAAAAAGGGCCCUGACAGCUGAGACCAAAGCCUGGAAGCAACUGUUUUGCAAGUACCUGAAGAUGAAGUACGAGAAGAAAAUGAUUGACACCAGCAAACACACUAAGAGAUGCCUUGAACAACUGUCACAUCCUGUGGUUGAUCUGGAAGAUGUACGUCACACCGCUGAGACCCUGUCUAAGCUUCGAGAUGCUGAAGUGCAGACCGAUAUGACGUUGACUUCCAUUGAGGAAGCCUUUGAAAUUUUGACUAAAUAUGAAGCAGAAGUGACCAAGACAGAAGCAGAGGAAGUAAACAAUCUGAAACAUCUUCUCACAAAGCUUCAGUCUAAAGCUGGGUCAGUGCAACACGAGCUUUUCUGUAAGCAGCCCCAGUUCAGACAAACCCUUCUUGAAUGUGUUGCUGUUUUCCAAAAUGACAUUGCCGUUUUUAAGGAGCAACAUGACGAAGGCCUGAAGGUCGAUGGAAUAACGCCACAAGAAGCCAGCAGCAGGUUCCAUAUCUGUCAGGCUAGUUUUAAAGAACUCUGGAGAAAGUAUACCAGAUGUUAUUCUGGGGAACAGCUUCUUGGCAUGCCAGUUACAGAGUACAAGUAUCUACACAUGAAAAAAAAAGAGCUGGAGCUGCUUCAGAAGCUGUAUGGCCUGUAUGAUGCAGUGAUGAGUAAGAUUAAUGGGUACUAUACCAUUCUCUGGACACAAGUGGAUAUCGAAAGGAUCAAUUCAGAACUUUUGGAAUUUCAGAACAGGUGUCGGAGGCUACCCAAAGCACUGAAGGACGUGCAGGCCUUCCUGGACCUAAAGAGGUCCAUUGAUGAUUUCAGUGAGUCAUGCCCUUUGCUUGAAAUGAUGGCAAAUAAAUCUAUGACGCACAGACACUGGGACCGGAUCACAGACUUGACUGGACACCAAUUUGAUGUGGACUCCAAUACCUUCAUGCUGAAAGACAUCAUGGAAGCACCUCUGUUGAAGUACAAGGACGAUAUUGAGGACAUCUGCAUAUCUGCUGUGAAGGAGAAGGAUAUUGAAGCCAAAUUGUCACAAGUAAAAGAGGUGUGGUCUGGCCAGAUGCUGAGCUUGAUGACAUUUAAGGACAGAGGAGAACUGAUGCUGAAAGGGGCAGAGACAGCAGAGAUUCUCUCCAUCCUGGAGGAUAGUCUGAUGGUUCUGGGUUCAUUGUUGAGCAACAGGUACAGUACCUACUACAAAGCCGAGAUCCAGGAUUGGGUCUUCAAGCUUUCAACGUCGUCUGAUGUCAUUGAACAGUGGAUUACUGUGCAAAAUCUGUGGAUCUAUUUGGAAGCUGUAUUUGUUGGGGGGGACAUUGCCAAAGACCUGCCACAGGAAGCUAAGCGCUUUCAGAAAAUUGACAAGUCCUGGAUUGAGAUCAUGCAGAGAGCUCAAAAGGUCCCAAAUGUGGUUGAGUGCUGUGUUUGUGAGCCAACUCUGGGCCAGCACCUGCCAGAGCUUCAGAAAGAGCUGGAGAUGUGUCAGAAAUCUCUUGCAGGGUACCUUGAGAAAAAGAGGCUCCUGUUUCCACGAUUCUUCUUUGUGUCAGAUCCGGCCCUUUUGGAAAUCCUUGGACAAGCCAGUGAUUCUCACACAAUCCAGUCACAUCUUCUUGGAGUGUUCGACAAUGUCAAUGAAGCAGAGUUUCAUGCAAAAGAGUACGACAGGAUUUUGGCUGUUAUUUCACAAGAAGGAGAGAAACUAGUGCUGAAUGAAUCUGUCAUGGCGCAGGGGCCAGUGGAGCUCUGGCUUGGGGAGCUGUUGUUGCAGCAGCAGGUCUCAUUACACUCUGUCAUCACAGCUUCAGAUCAGGAGAUAAACGAUGAAGACUUUGAUCUUCUCUCUUUCCUCCAGAAGUUUCAAGCACAGGUGGGCCUGCUAGGAAUCCAGAUGCUUUGGACGAGAGAUGCAGAAGAGGCCCUAGAAAAUGCACAAGAUGACAAGGAGAUCAUGCCUUUCACAAAAAAGAAAUUCCUAAAUCUGCUCAGUUUGCUUAUUAAACAAACCACCCAUGACCUCAGCAAAUUUGAGAGAGUCAAAUAUGAGACUCUUGUCACAAUUCAUGUGCACCAGAGCGACAUAUUUAAUGACUUAGUGACAAAGCAUGUAAAGUCUGUCAACGACUUUGAAUGGUUGAAGCAGAGCAGAUUUUACUUCAAGGAUCUUUUGGAUAAGGUCAUCGUAUCCAUUACUAAUGUUGACUUCAUUUAUCAGAAUGAGUUCCUGGGCUGUACUGAUCGUCUGGUCAUAACCCCUCUGACUGACAGGUGUUACAUUACACUGUCCCAAGCUCUGGGCAUGAGCAUGGGGGGAGCCCCUGCUGGGCCAGCCGGUACCGGAAAGACUGAAACCACCAAAGACAUGGGUCGCUGCCUUGGCAAGUAUGUUGUUGUGUUCAACUGCUCUGACCAAAUGGACUUCAGGGGACUUGGCAGGAUAUAUAAAGGCCUUGCGCAGUCAGGCUCGUGGGGCUGCUUCGAUGAGUUCAACAGAAUCGACCUGCCAGUGCUUUCUGUUGCUGCUCAACAGAUCUACAUUGUUCUGACAGCACGCAAGAGACACCAAAGCACUUUCAUUUUUACUGACGGAGACUGUGUGGCUCUGAAUCCGGAGUUCGGCCUGUUUAUCACUAUGAACCCUGGAUAUGCAGGUCGCCAGGAACUUCCUGAAAACCUAAAAGUUCAAUUCAGAACAGUGUCUAUGAUGGUACCAGAUCGGCAGAUCAUCAUGAGAGUCAAACUAGCCAGUUGUGGAUUCAAUGACAAUGUUAUCUUAGCCCAGAAAUUCUUUGUUCUUUACAAGCUGUGUGAAGAACAACUUACAAAGCAGGUACACUAUGACUUUGGCCUGAGGAACAUACUGUCUGUGUUAAGAACACUUGGGGCCUGUAAAAGAGCACGACCUAAUGACACCGAGUCCAGCAUUGUUAUGAGAGUGCUGCGUGACAUGAAUCUGUCAAAACUGGUGGAUGAGGAUGAGCCCCUCUUCCUCAGUCUUAUCAAUGACUUAUUCCCUGGUAUCCAGCUAGAUGGGACCACAUAUGAUAAGCUUCAGGCUGCGGUUGCACAUCAAGUUGAGCUUGCUGGUCUUGUCAACCACAAACCAUGGAACCUCAAGCUUGUUCAGCUUUAUGAGUCUUCACAAGUGCGCCACGGCCUGAUGACUUUGGGACCAAGUGGAGCUGGCAAGACCACAGCCAUCAACAUUCUCAUGCACUCUAUGACUGAAUGUGGAACCCCGCACAGGGAGAUGCGCAUGAACCCCAAAGCAAUUACUGCUUCCCAGAUGUUUGGUCGUCUUGAUGCUGCCACCAAUGACUGGACUGACGGGAUCUUUUCUACUCUGUGGAGAAGGACACUCAAAGCUAAGAAAGGAGAGUUCAUAUGGAUUGUGCUGGAUGGUCCUGUGGACGCCAUAUGGAUCGAAAACCUGAACUCUGUACUGGACGACAAUAAAACCCUGACCCUGGCUAAUGGCGACCGAAUCACCAUGUCACCAUCCUGCAAGUUAGUUUUUGAGGUGCACAACAUGGACAAUGCCUCCCCUGCUACUGUGUCCCGAGUGGGGAUGGUCUUCAUGAGCUCAUCCGCCCUCAGCUGGGAACCCAUACUCCAGGGAUGGGCUCAGCAGCGCAAUGCAAAAGAGACAAAAAGCAUUAUAAGUCUAUAUGACAAGAUGUUUAAGGAUGUUUACGUGUACAUGAAGCAAAACCUUAAUCCCAAAAUGGAGCUUUUGGAGUGUAACUACAUAACGCAGUCCAUAAAUCUGCUGGAGGGCCUCCUUCCAGCAAAGGAAAUAGACUUUGCUGGCAGCAAACAUCUUGAGCGCCUCUUUGUCUUCUGUCUGAUGUGGAGCCUGGGAGCUCUUCUGGAGUUAGAGGAUAGAGACAAGCUGGAGGUCUACAUCAGAGGUCAUGACAGCAGCAUCGAUGUGCCUCAGACAAAGCCAGGAGAGACUAUGUUUGAGUACAUGGUCAGCACGAAUGGUGAAUGGUGUCAUUGGAACAACCAUGUGAGAGAAUAUGAGUAUCCGACUGACCACGUGCCAGACUACAACUCCAUCCUUGUGCCAAAUGUGGAUAACACAAGAACCUCUUUCUUGCUGGAGACUAUUGCCAAGCAACGCAAGGCUGUGUUGCUUAUUGGUGAACAAGGAACCGCUAAGACGGUGAUGAUAAAAGGCUACACAAAAAAAUAUGAUCCUGAAACAGACCUGUUCAAGUCCCUGAACUUCUCAUCUGCAACAGAACCUGUGAUGUUUCAGCGAACAGUGGAAAGCUACAUUGAGAAAAGAAUUGGCAAUACUUACGGACCCCCAGGAGGACGCAGGAUGACAGUCUUCAUUGAUGAUAUCAGCAUGCCUGUUAUCAAUGACUGGGGAGAUCAGAUCACCAACGAGAUUGUCCGUCAGAUGAUGGAAAUGAAAGGCAUGUACAAUCUGGACAAACCAGGGGAUUUCAUCAACAUGGAGGAUGUCCAGAUACUGGCUGCCAUGAUCCACCCUGGUGGCGGGAGAAACGACAUCCCACAACGGCUGAAGAGACAGUUUACUGUGUUUAACUGUACUCUGCCAUCCAACAUCUCCAUUGAUAAAAUAUUUGGUGUAAUUGGCUGUGGAUAUUUCCAUGCAUGCAGGAGCUUCAAACCUAUAAUAACAGAUAUGGUUAAGUGCCUUGUGUCUGCUGGGAGGAUUUUAUGGCAGUGGACAAAGGCAAAAAUGCUUCCGACACCAUCAAAGUUCCACUACAUCUUCAAUUUGAGAGACUUGUCCAGGAUCUGGCAAGGCAUGUUGAACAUUAAGGCAGAAGAGUGUGAUGAUGUCCCCACUUAUUUGGCUCUUUUCAAGAGUGAAUGUACAAGGGUGAUUGCAGACAGGUUUGUUUGCUAUGAGGACAGAGACUGGUUUGAGAACGCUGUAUCUCGUGUGAUCCGAGAGCAUGUUGACCCGAAACUUGUCCCAGAACUUCAUCCUGAGCCAUAUUUUGUGGACUUCCUCCGAGAUGCACCCGAGCCAACAGGAGAAGAAGAGGACGAUGCCUGUUUUGAUGCCCCUAAAAUUUAUGAAUUGGUGCCAAAUUUUGAAUUCUUGUCAAAGAAGCUGAUGACAUAUCAGGCUCAGCACAAUGAGUGUGUAAGAGGCUCCAGCCUGGAUCUGGUUUUCUUCAAAGAUGCAAUGACACAUCUUGUCAAGAUCUCACGAAUCAUUCGAACUGACAAUGGAAAUGCUCUGCUUGUGGGAGUGGGAGGAUCAGGGAAACAGAGCCUGACCCGCCUAGCCUCAUACAUCGCUGGAUACAGCAUCUUCCAGAUCACACUGACCAGAACAUACAACAUGAGUAAUUUCAUGGAUGACCUGAAGUUGUUGUAUAAAACAGCUGGGGCAGAGGGAAAAGGCAUCACCUUCAUCUUUACUGACAAUGAGAUCAAGGAUGAGGCCUUCCUUGAGUACCUCAACAAUGUUCUUUCUUCUGGAGAGGUCUCCAAUCUGUUUGCUAAAGAUGAAAUACAAGAGAUAACCCAAAACCUGAUCCCAGCAAUGAAAAAGGAGUGUCCUCGCAUUCCACCUACUUUUGACAACCUUUAUGAUUACUUCAUAUCCCGGUCAAGAAAGAAUCUGCAUGUUGUUCUUUGCUUGUCGCCGCUGGGGCAGAAGUUUCGCUCCAGAGCUCUGAAGUUUCCCGGGCUAAUUUCUGGCUGCACAAUGGACUGGUUCACCCCUUGGCCCACUGAGGCUCUGGUGGCUGUGUCCAACUGUUUCUUGUCUGAAUUUAAUAUCGUUUGCUCUGCUAAAGUAAAAGCAUCUGUGGUGACUGCCAUGGGAACAUAUCAUAGCAAAGUAUCUCAGACAUGUGACAGCUACUUUGAAAGGUUCCGAAGAAGAACUUACGUCACUCCUAAAUCGUACCUCGCGUUUAUCAACGGUUACAAAACGUUGUACACUGAAAAGUACAACUACAUCAACACAAUGGCAGAGCGCAUGAACGUUGGGUUGGACAAACUGAUGGAGGCUAGUCAGUCUGUGGACCAACUAUCGAAAGAUCUUAAAGUCAAGGAAAAAGAGCUUGAGAUAGCAUCUGCCAAAGCUGACAAGGUGGUGGCAGAAGUGACAGUCAGUGCUGAAGCUGCUACAGUUGUGAAGAAUGAGGUCCAGGUUGUGAAGGAUAAAGCCCAGAAACUUGUGUGUGGCAUUGAGAAAGAGAAAGCUGUUGCAGAGGAAAAACUGGAGGCUGCAAAGCCAGCUUUAGAAGAGGCUAAAGCUGCACUGAAUACCAUCAAGCCAUCUGACAUUGCCACUGUGAGAAAACUAUCCAAGCCUCCACAUUUGAUCAUGAGGAUUAUGGACUGCUGCUUGCUUUUGUUUCAAAAGAAGUUAGAUUCUGUCUCUAUUGAUCGGGAACGGAACUGUCUCAAGCCAUCAUGGGGAGAAGCAGGGAAGCUUAUGAGUGGUGCUGGUUUCAUGACAUCUCUUCAGCAGUUCCAAAAAGAUAAAAUAAAUGAAGAAGUAGUAGAACUGCUGCAGGUCUACUUUGACAUGGAGGAUUACACAAUGGAAAACGCCAAGAAAGUGUGUGGUAAUGUUGCUGGUUUGCUAGCAUGGACCCGGGCUAUGGCCGUAUUCUUUGGCAUUAACAAAGAAGUCCUGCCACUCAAGGCUAAUCUAGUCAUUCAAGAAAACCGGCUAAGAGGGGCUAAUGAGGAGUUAUCCAAGGCUGAGGCUCAGCUGGCUGAAAAGCAAGCAGAGUUUGAUGAAGUGAAGGCCAAAUGUGAUGCUGCUAUGAAAGAGAAACAGGACUUGUUGGAUGAUGCUGAAAUGUGUAAGAAUAAAAUGCAGGCUGCAUCUACACUUAUUGAUGGACUAAGUGGAGAGAAAAUUCGCUGGACAGAACAAAGUAAAGAAUUUAAAUGGCAGAUAAACAGACUUGUAGGUGAUGUGCUCCAGCUCACUGGCUUCUUGUCCUACUGUGGGCCUUUCAACCAGAGUUUCCGUGACCUGUUGUUGAAGGACAUCUGGGAGGCAGAGCUCAGGAGCAAAAAAAUCCCUUUUACAGAAAAGCUCAACAUCAUUUCUUCCCUCGUGGACCCUCCCACUAUAAGUAUGUGGAACCUUCAAGGACUUCCUACAGAUGACUUGUCGGUGCAGAAUGGCAUCAUCGUUACCAAAGCCACAAGAUAUCCCCUCCUGAUUGACCCCCAGAUUCAGGGAAAGGCUUGGAUUAAGAAAAAAGAAAACGAAAAUGCACUUCAAGUCACAUCUCUCAAUCACAAGUUCUUUCGUACUCACUUGGAAGACUGUCUUUCCUUGGGACGCCCCCUGCUUAUUGAAGAUAUAUGUGAGGAGCUGGAUCCAGCCCUUGACAAUGUCCUGGAGAAAAACUUCAUCAAAUCUGGAACCAGUUUUAAGGUUAAAGUUGGAGACAAAGAGGUAAACGUAAUGGAUGGCUUCCAGCUCUAUAUCACCACCACGCUGUCUAAUCCAGCAUAUAGCCCAGAAGUCAGCGCCAAGACGUCGAUCAUUGAUUUCACUGUGAACAUGACCGGAUUGGAGGACCAGCUUCUUGGUCGUGUCAUCCUCAAAGAGAAACAUGAACUAGAGGCAGAAAGACUGAAGCUAAUCGAGGAGGUAACGGACAAUAAGAGAAAGAUGCAAGAGCUGGAAGAAAAUUUGCUGUACAAACUCAGCAGCACAAAAGGUUCCUUGGUUGAUGAUGACUCCAUGAUUGGCAUUCUGAGUACAACAAAGCAAACUGCUGCAGAAGUUAGUGCAAAGCUCAGUGUUGCAGCAGACGCGAAGGUGAAGAUCAGUCUUGCUGCAGCGGAAUAUCGUCCCGUUGCCUCUCGAGGCAGCAUCCUUUACUUCCUUAUCACGGAGAUGAGCAUGGUCAAUGUCAUGUACCAGACUUCUCUGAGUCAGUUCUGCAAAAUAUUCGAUCUGUCACUGGAAAGAUCUGAAAAGUCUCCUAAAACUCAGGAACGAAUUGCGAACAUCAUUGACUAUCUGACGUUUGAGGUGUUCCGAUACACAGUCAGAGGCCUGUAUGAAAACCACAAGUUCAUCUUCACACUCCUGCUGGCGCUCAAGAUUGACUUACAGAGUAACAAAAUAGGGCACAACAAAUUUCAGAUUCUUAUUAAAGGUGGUGCAGCUCUUGACCUGAAGGCCUGCCCCCAAAAGCCAUUUGGUUGGAUCCCAGAUAUGGUAUGGCUAAACCUGGUGGAACUCAACAAAUUGCCACAGUUCAAUAACAUUGUAGACCAGGUGUUUCAAAGCGGAAAACACUGGAAAGCAUGGCUCAGUCUUGAUGCACCGGAAGAAGGUGUCAUUCCAGAUGGAUACAACUCUCUCGAUGUCUUUCAUAAACUUUUGUUGAUAAGAUCUUGGUGCCCUGACCGUACUUUAUCUCAGGCCAGAAAGUAUGUGGCCGAUUCUAUGGGCAUGAGGUUUGCUGAGCCUGUCAUCCUGAACCUUCACAACACAUGGGCAGAAAGUGACCCUCGCACCCCUCUAAUCUGCUUCCUCUCUAUGGGCUCGGAUCCCACUCAGCAAAUUGAAGCCUUAGCUAAGAAGCUUAACCUUGAAUGCAGAGCAAUAUCCAUGGGACAAGGGCAAGAGGUCCACGCAAGGAAGCUUGUUCAGACAUCAAUGACACAGGGAGGUUGGGUCCUUCUACAGAAUUGUCAUCUGGGCUUGGAGUUUAUGGACGAGCUUCUGGAAACAAUCACAACUGCAGAGGCCAUUCAUGAUGCGUUCAGAGUGUGGAUCACCACAGAACCACACCAUCAGUUUUCUAUCACACUCCUACAGUCUUCAAUCAAAUUUACCAACGAUCCACCCCAGGGAAUACGAGCGGGACUGAAACGGACAUUUGCAGGAAUUUCACAGAGCCGGCUAGAAGUCAGAAACCUGCCCUCGUGGAAGCCUUUGCUCUACAGCGUGGCCUUUCUCCACAGUGCUGUGCAGGAACGACGCAAAUUUGGCCCAUUGGGUUGGAACAUCCCUUAUGAGUUCAACUCUGCUGAUUUCACUUCAAGUGUUGAGUUUGUUGAACAGCACUUGGAUGACCUUUGUACGUUUUCUCCCCAGGACGUGUCAUGGGUGACUGUGCGCUACAUGCUAGCUGAGGUGCAAUAUGGAGGAAGGGUUACAGAUGACUACGACAAACGCCUGCUGAAGUGUUUUGCUCGCGUGUGGUUCAGCAAGAAAAUGUUUGAUCCGUCGUUCUGCUUUUACACGGGCUACAAAAUUCCUGUGUGCAAGACAGUGGAGGAGUACAUGGAGUAUAUUCAGAACCUGCCCAUUGUGGACUCUCCCCAAGCACUGGGGCUGCAUCCUAAUGCUGACAUUACGUAUCAGACAAAUACAUCUGCUGAAGCGUUAGACAUAAUCACAAAUAUUCAGCCCAAAGAAAGUGGAGGAGGGUCAGGAGCUACUCGGGAGUCCAUUGUUUACAGCAUAGCAGAGGACAUGUUGGAGAAGCUGCCUCCUGAUUAUGUGCCACAUGAGGUCAAAGCCAGGCUGUUGAAGAUGGGCGCUCUGAACCCAAUGAACGUCUUCCUGGGUCAGGAGGUGGAUCGAAUGCAAAGGGUCAUCAGUGUGGUGCGCACUAGUCUGACUGACCUGAAGCUGGCCAUUGAUGGCACUAUCAUAAUGAGCGAGAACCUCCGUGAUGCCCUGGACAACAUUUUUGAUGCCCGUGUGCCAAACUUGUGGAGGAGAAUCUCCUGGGAGUCUUCUACUCUGGGUUUUUGGUUUACUGAGCUGCUGGAGAGAAACAAACAGUUUUACAGUUGGGUGUUUGGAGGAAGACCCAAAACCUUUUGGAUGACGGGCUUCUUUAACCCACAGGGGUUUUUAACAGCUAUGAGACAAGAAGUAACUCGAGCAAACAAAGGCUGGGCUCUGGACACAGUCACGCUGAACAACAAAGUGCUGAAGCAGACGCAGGAGGACAUCACAGCCUCACCAACAGAGGGAGUUUAUGUCUAUGGUUUGUUCCUGGACGGCGCCGGCUGGAACAGGAAGAACAUCCAUCUCAUGGAGUCCUCACCAAAAAAGCUGUUCACACCCAUGCCUGUCAUCCACAUGUUUGCUGUCAACUCCACUGACCCUGUGGAUCCCAAGCUUUACGUCUGCCCCAUUUACAAGAAACCAAGACGCACAGACCUGAACUACAUCACAGCAGUGGUGUUACCGACCAUCCAGCCACCAGACCACUGGAUCCUGCGUGGGGUUGCUCUGCUCUGUGACAUCAAAUAAAAGCAUGUUUUUAUUCAUGUGCAGAACAUUCUGCAGGUGGUUUUGACAAAGCACUUUAUGAGACAUGUCAGUCCAGUUUAAGAUAAGCCUCAUAAGAUGCCAAAGAGAGCUGGUUUAAAGUCGCAAGCUUCAAGAGAGUUUUUUCU